ACUUGUGUUCUUUGUCUUGAUUAUGCAGAAUCUUAAUUAAAAUAUCUUUCUGUGACGAAUGGUUGCCUAUAAACAUAUUUUAAACAGACACAAACCAGUCAAAAAUGUAGAAUAAUAAAUCCUUUUCAUGUUUUUGAAGUCUCAGCAUUGCAGUGGAAAUUGUGAAAUAUGUGAUUUACUGCUUGAGAAACAUUCCUGAUUAUUAUCAGUGCAUUCUGAAUCAUCUUUGUGGAAACCAUGACGUACUACCAUUCAAAAUUUUGGGGAUGCAGGAAAGCUCAGACUCGAGCCCGAUUCAGUCCGACUUCCCGUACUCGUUUUCCGCCGACGGUCGCCUGCGCCACAGAGCGACCUCCGAACCCUACAGGUUCACGUUCAGACUGGACGACGUCCGCGGGACGGACCGGGAACACGGCGAGCUCUGCCGCUACAUCACCCAGCACGUCUACCAGCUCCUCCAGAGGAGCUUCGGUCUGCUCCGGGUGCCGCUGGAGGACGAGGGGUUUGUGUUCGUGAGCCCGGGAGCGCUGGAUCGUCCCGGGAGUCUCCUGCUUCUGAUCCAGGACCGAGGGACGGUGCGGAGCGGCGUCUGGAGCUGGAAGCUGUCGGCUCACGAGGGACUGGAGCGAGGCAGUCAGAUCCCGUACCUGUGCUGGGCGGCGCUGGAGUCCUGCGGCGUGAUCGUCAUGAACCCUAACGAGGGCGCGAGGACUCUGGAGCAUCACGUGCGUUCGGUUUGGGAGCGCUUGGUUUCCCGGAGCGCCGCCGAGCACGUGCUUGUGGCCGCUCACGGAUACGGAGGCCUGGGCUUCGUCGAUCUUCUGUGUCACAAUCCGGACGAGGUCCAGCGGCGGGUGAAGGCCGUGGCUUUCUUGGAUUCGUCUCACAGUCUGUGGCAUCAGCCGCUGGGGAAAGCCGGCCGGGACUGGCUGAAAGUGCACUCCAGGACGUGGAUCCUGAGCAGCAAGCCUCUGAACCGCUCCGUCGGGUCGCUGAAGGCCGGGUCUCCGCAGAUCUCCGCCGGCACCCGCUGCCACGACGCUGUGCCCGGCGUCUGCAUGGAGUCUGUGCUUCGCUUCUUCAGCAGGAGCCUCAAACCCAGAGCCUCGGCGGCGCCGUCCGAGAUCAUCACCCGCAGCAAAAGCCGCAGAAACGACCAGAACCACAACCCCGUCUGACGGGUCCACACGCGCUCACAUCUCGAAUGAAUAAAUCACGCUGCAUCAGAAUGAUGGUUUCUGUCUGAUUGUCUGAUAGUAGUAGUUUACCAAAAUGUGAAAUGAUGACCCUCAGAUCAUCCCAGAUCUGGAGGAGUGUGUCUCAGUAAUGGAAGUGAAUGGGUGCCGUCAGAAUGAGAGUCUGAUAAAAACACCAGAAUAAUCCGCAGCACUCCGGUCCAUCAGGAGAAGACUGAACUCAUCCAGCAUUUAGAUAUUUUAAGCCUAUAAUCUAUCAUUUUAAACCCAUUGUAAUUCAUAAUUAAACAUGUGGCUGGUUGAUUUUGACGUGAGAGACGAGGAGUGGCCCGUUUUCACUGGAAGAAGAAUUAGUGGAGUGCUGUGGAUUAUUCUGAUGCUCUCAUUCUGA